AUGUCUGCUAUCCAGAUCCCCUGUAGUUUCAACCCAUUUACUGGUGCAAGUAAGGGUGAUGACCUGCUUCCUGUUGGCACUGAGGAUAAUACUCAUAUUCAAAUUCAACAGAGAAAUGAUAGGAAAAUCUUAACUACUGUCCAAGGGAUCAUUGAUCAUGGUCAAGCAUUUAAGAAGAAAUUUGCUUACAGUAGUCCUAUAAUUGAGCAUCCGGAGUAUAGAGAAGGGAUUUGGCUACUGUGUGAUUGUCAGAAGAACAUAUGCUGGUUCCUGAUAGAGAUUGGAGCAGCUAAUGGAUCAGCUGAAGGUUCAUGA